AUGAAUAGCGAUGAAAUAAUAUCUGUUGUUGCCGACAUUGGUAACCUCUACACCAGAGCAGGAUUUACAGGAGAUGACUUCCCCAGAUGGAGUACUUUCUCUAAAUGCACUGAGACUAUGCAAUUCGGAGAUGAAGCAUUGGGGUAUGGGAAUGGAUAGGUAUUGGACAUAUUACAACCAUUCAACCCAGAUUUAUAUGAGAAUCUAUUGAAGAAGAUGUUUGAGAAGCUUGGGAAUUUGUUGUUAGCCAAUAAUUUCCAGACUAAACAUGAUUUAUAAAAAGUGGUCGAAAUAUUAUUUGAGAGUGUGGAAAUCCCUAAUUUCUUCACCAUUAGGAAUGCAGCCUUGUCAACAUUUUCAGCGGGUCGUUCCACCGCAUUGAUUUUGGAUAUUGGUGCUUAUUCAACAACUGCAUCUGCUGUUCAUGAUGGUUAUACAUUAUUAAAAACCCAAAUUUAAGCGCCAAUUGGAGGAGAAAUACUAAAUGACCCAUUUAGACAAUUUGUGGUCGGAGAAUAUAAUCAAUUCAAAAAAACAUGUUUAGCCAGAGACAUUAAAUAAGGCUUAUUAACAUACGAGCAAAUCGAUUCAACAUAGCAAUACGAAUUGCCUGAUGGAAAAUUCGUGUCCAUGUAACAAGCACAGCUUUCUGAGAUUGCAGACAAAUUAUUCAACAGCAAUGACAACUUCAAAGGCAUCCAACAUAUGUUAUUGGACAUUAUCAACAACUCUGUCAAUGAUAUCAAACAACAAUUGUGUUCCACUGUGAUUUCCACUGGAGGAUCAUCUAAUAUCCCUGGCUUCUUGAACAAAUUGUAAACCACCUUAUCUGCUUUGGCUCCACCAAUGUGCAAAGUUAAAUUAGUAAUGUAUCCCUCUAAUCAAAAUCGCUAUCAUUCAGUAUUUAUUGGAGGCUCCAUUUUGGCUUCACUUAGUUCUUUUUAGUCUCUUUGGGUGGCAAAGAAUGAAUACCAGGAAUCUGGCAGGUUCAGUAUUAUAGAAAGGAAAUGUCCAAAUUGAUUAAUUAUCAUUAAUCUAGAAUUUUAUCGUCAUUUAUAUAU